AUGGCGGACAAUGUAUGUCCCGUGGUCCCAAUUGUACGUAACAAUACGCCGAGGAGUCAGUCGGAUCAUCGUAGUGACGUGGCCGUCUUCGUUUCAGAUGACUUAGGGCGCGGGCCGCCAUCGAGCCUGAUGAGGGUCGCGGUGCCCCUCCUGGCGCUGCUGCUGCAGCUGCCACUGCUGCAAGCGGUCUGCCCCUGGGCGUGCGCGUGCCGCCCCACCGCCCUGGACUGCUCCCACCGGGGGCUGCUGCACACGCCCCGCCGCCUGCCGCCGGACGCGCUCCGUCUG